CGGGAUCCUGGGGAGCACCCGGAUGGUGGAUUUUGGGCAUGGGCCUCUGCUAUUGCAGGUCACUUUGUUAUGAUGGACUCCUGGGGAUACAAUAGUUCAUUCGGUGUGUUCCAGACGUACUAUACCGCUCACCUCGACAACCCAGCCAGUCAGAUAGCAUGGAUCGGAUCAGUUCAAGUCUCCGUCAUCUUCUUUGUCGGUGCCUUUGCCGGCCGUCUAACUGACGCUGGUCAUUUUCACAUCACAUUCGCCGUGGGGACGCUUCUCACAUGCCUGGGUGUCUUUAUGACCUCUCUCAGCACCGUCUACUGGCAGAUCCUCCUCUCACAGGGUAUCUGCACUGGACUGGGCAAUGGCCUUCUGUUUACUCCGGCACUGGCCGUGGUUUCUACGUACUUCAAAAGACGAAGAGCUUUGGCGUUUGGGAUUACGGCUACUGGCAGUGCAUCUGGGGGUUUGAUUUUCCCAUCAAUGGCACGCCAGUUGCUUUCGAGAAUCGGCUUUGGCUGGACCGUUAGAGCCAUGGGGCUUGUUCAACUAGUCACUCUUUGCCUUGCAAACUUCCUCCUGAGACCGAGAGUUCCACCAAAGCGAUCGGGCUCUGUAGUAGAUUUGGCAUCCUUCAAGGAGAAGCCAUAUACCUGCUUUGCUGCUGGAGUUUUCUUGACUUUCUGGGGCCUCUACUUUGCGUAUUAUUACCUUGCCUCGUUUGCAGUUUCGCAGUUGAACCCGUCAUUCUCAUACACCGACUCCCUCAACCUGCUACUGGUUGUAAACGGCGUAGGAAUGAUCGGCCGCUCAAUCCCAAACGCCAUCGCCCAUCGGUUCGGAUGCAUCACAGUUCUAAUCCCGGUUACUCUAACCGCCGGCAUUUGCAUGUUGGCCUGGCCAGCCGUGUCCACUGCCGGAGGAUUGUAUGGAUGGGCCAGCAUCUAUGGAAUCGCGGCUGGCGCCUUUCAAAGUCUGUUCCCA